AUGGAGGACACCGAAGCCUUUGUGCUGAAGCAGCUUCUGGAAUUCCUGACCUUUGCAGCGUGGCUCUGUGCUGCCCUUUGGGGUUUCUCUCAACAAGAGAGGAACAGGCUCACCUUCCUGGAGUCCGAGAGGUCUGAAUCCUUCGCGAUGCUGGUGGCGCUCUUGAGGCUGGAUGCGAACGUCAGCAUCGGCGACUUGCAGGUGAAUGACCUCCCAGAGCCACUGCAGGUCUUCUUCCAAGGAGAGCUCACAGAGGCAACGGCGGAUCCUUUUAUCCAGCUGCCCAAGAUGUACUUGGAGAUCUUGAAGGACGUGCGCAAGAGGCCCUGUAGCGCCUGCGGGCGAGUGCCGGAAGAGCCGGCGCUGUGCCUGCUGUGUGGCGCAUUGGUGUGCUUGGGCAGCAAGGCCUGCCGAGGUGCCGAUCCGCUCGAGGGCCAAUGCACGGAACAUGCCCGGCGCUGCAGCUCGGGGCAGUCGCUCUUCCUUCUGCCGUUCAUGGCGCAGAUCCUGGCCGUCAGCGCCCCGGACUGCUGCCUUUGGGACUGCCCGUAUGUGGACAAGAACGGGGAGCACAAUCCCUACUUGCGCAGACCCUGCGCCAUGAGCUUGACGCUCGACGUGCGGUGCUGGGAUUCCUUACGUCAGAUCUUCACCAAGUCGGCGGUACGGCGCGAGAUCUUUCUGUACAACGAGAAGACUGGCCAGUACAUCCCGAACGCGCUCUGA